UGAGGCUUGAAUGUGAAAAGCCUCUCUGCAGGGAAGAGGAGAGGAGUUUCCAGGAUCCCAGGCAGGCUGCUGGGUCCCUGGAAUUCGGGCUGCCUGCGUCCAGGAGAAGAUUCAAAGCAUACGAUCGGGUGUUAGAGGACAGACAGAGUCCGCUGGGACGUUUGAUCUGUGUCCUGACGCCUCAGUCUUGCUUCUCCAGGAUGUCUCAGGAGAAUGACACAUGGAAGAAAGAGCUUCUGGGGGAUGAGCCGGCCGCCAUGAGGCUCCAGAAGCUGGAACAGCAGCGGAGGCUUUUUGAGAAGAAGCAGCGGCGGAAGCGCCAAGAGCCCCUCAUGGUUCAGGCCAAUCCCGACGCUUCUCUGCGGCCCCGGGGACCAUGGCGGCGGGAGGAGCGCAUUGCAGGCCUUGGGAACCCUUUCCUCCAAGAGAACGUGCCAGAGGCACAUCUGCGCUCUGGUGUUCACAGUGCCCUGGGUAUCGUGAUCUGCGGUGGAGAUGGCAGCGGCGAGCGUGGCCCAUUGGCUUCGCCGACAGAAGCAGAGAGUUCCGAUCCGGAGUUGGAGGAAGUGUCCGUGGAGGAUGUUCCCGCUUCUCCACCUCCUCACAAAGAGCCUCUGGGGACUCGACGCAGGGGUUGGCCACCCCGCAAACGAUCUGGGGCCAGUGCACAGGAAGAGAGCAAAUCCCAGGAUGUUGGAGAUGAAUAUGAGGCACCCAGUCCAGGACCAAACCCUGGAAUGGAUGGUGACGGGGGACGUGGAGACUUGGCCUCCAAAGAGGGCGAAGACUCGCAAGAGAAACAAGAGGAGUCGCAGUCUACCGUGAACUCCCCAGGAGCGGCCGAAGAGGAGGUGUCAGGGACCCCGGAAGGCGAGAGCGGCGCAGACAGCAGUGGUGUAGGGAGCUCGUCCCGCUCGCCUCCCCGCGCCCCAGGCCCUCGACUGGGAGAAGACAUGGAAGCGUAUGUGCUGCGGCCGGCGCUGCGCGGCCGCACAGUGCAGUGCCGCAUCAGCCGCGACAAGCGCGGGGUAGACAAGGGCAUGUUCCCUUUCUACUAUCUCUACCUGGAGGCGGCCGACGGCCGGAAGCACUUCCUCCUGGCUGGGCGCAAGAGAAAACGGAGCAAAACCUCUAAUUACCUCAUUUCCCUGGACCCCACAGACCUGUCUCGGGAUGGGGACAACUUUGUGGGUAAAGUCAGAUCUAAUGUCCUGGGCACCAAGUUCACCAUCUUUGACAAUGGGGUGAAUCCUGAGAGGAAGAAUUUUGUCCCGGAGACCGCUCGGAUCAGAGAGGAGCUGGGGGCUGUGUGCUAUGAGACCAACGUAUUGGGAUUCCGAGGGCCCCGGAAAAUGACUGUGAUCAUUCCAGGAAUCGAUGCCCAGAACCAGAGAAUCAUCGUGCAGCCACAAAACGAACAAGAGUCACUACUGAGUCGCCUCCAACGAGGAUCUAGCCAGGGACUGGUCCUGCUGCAAAACAAAGCCCCAUCGUGGAGCGACGAGAGCGGCGCCUACGUACUCAAUUUUCACGGUCGGGUCACUCGGGCCUCGGUCAAGAACUUCCAGAUUGUGCAUCCAGAUGACCCUAACUACCUUGUGCUCCAGUUUGGCCGCGUGGCCCCCGACACGUUCACCAUGGACUUCCGCUUCCCGCUUUGCCCUCUCCAAGCCUUUGCCAUCUGCUUGUCCAGCUUCGAUGGGAAGCUGGCAUGUGAGUAAUCCAAUGAAAUACCAUACCCUCAUCA